GUCGGUCUCAGUCAUAUCGUCACAUCAUCACUCACUCACUCUUUCAUUCACAAUUGCGUGCAUUGGGGAACAGGGAGGAACAAGAGUUUUGGUGGGACAAAGUCCCAUUCGUGGGAUUGCUCCCUUAUUCUCUUUUUUUGUGCUUUUCUAGGGGGUUGACAGUAUAUAUCAAAAACAGUAAAGAGAAGAAAAGAAAAGAAACCGUGAAGCAAGCAAAUCCGUACAUAGACGAGAAAACCACAGAGACACCUCGUCUCUCGUAUCUGACCGUGGUCCCGAAAGCAAUCCAGUCUCAUCCAACCCUGCCGUGUCGAAGAUCUGUUCUGUCUAAGGGCAUCCAAGCCGAUAUGAUUGGUGUGAUGUCUCUUGUAAAUCCUGUCGUCUGUCUUUGUGCUGUGGCUCGGGGAAAGGCAUGCCUAGCAUGCUGGUGCGGUGAUGUGUCUGGCGGGGAAUUAAAAACCUAUGGCUGGUUGCGAAUAAAACUUUUCGAGAACCAAAAAAAAAGUCGUCAAAGAGCGAUCAGGUCCAGCUUUAGAAAUGGCGACUGAGCCUAGGCUCCUAGGCUCGCAUGGAUAUAUAGCUGUGUAUAGCACUUGCAAGCUGGGAAAUCGAAAGAAAGGAUCAGAAAUGUCGAAUAAAGGCAUCAAAAAAGAAAAAGUCAAGCUGGAGCAUCAGGUCUGAUGGUCUAAGAGAAGUUGAACACUGAGAUGCCAUCUACCAUAUACCUGGAUGUAGAGGUUGUGAUACGGCGUCUAGAUAUCUAAGAGUUAUAGCGACGGUAGCGCUCUGCUUCCUGUCGCUGGCGGCUCUGGUGGUAGGACUCUCUUGGUCCCCGGGGAGUGAAGUUAGAGUGGGGCAUACCGCUGUAAUUCCCCUGGUAAUGCAUCUGCUGAGGGUGUGCGUAUGAAGCAUGGCGGCGACCUUGGUACUGAGGUCGACCAUGGCUUUGGUAUGGGUGGUUGCGAGCAUCUUGAGACACAUGCAUGGGCUCGUGAUACUCGCUUUGGUGGUGUCCCUGGAAUGGCACCUGAGGCUGCCCCUGAUACAUGGAGGCAGGAUGUGGAGGGGCGGGAUACGGAACCUGGGAUGGUCCUGGGCCUGCGUACCCAUGGUGAGAGGGGCCUGGAUACAGCUGAACAGGUUCAUGGAACUGGGGAAGAGGAUACUGGGGCAUGUCCAUGUAUGUAAAGCCACCAGGAGCGGGAACGGGAGCCAUCGCUUGAGGCGGCAUAGGCAUGUAACCCAUGGGUGGCAUCGGGGGAGGGUAUUGGGGGACCAUGUGCGUGUAGGGCAUGGCAGGCUGGUACAUGGGCUGCUGAGAAGCAACGACGAGCUGGCCCUCAGGAGCUCGCUCCGUGGCAUCGCUCUUGCGAGACUUACCACUCUUGUCACGAGGUUGGUCGGUUUCGCGAGAGAUAGGUCUGCCGCGCAUGUUCUCCUCAGAUGCAUAGGUUCGCUUGAGCUUGGCCUGGUACAAGAGGUUGCGCUUCAAGUUCUCCUCGGACAGAUGGCGACGUCGGAUAAGGCAUCUCUUGGCCUUCUUCUUCCGCGACCCCUGCUCGUCUGGCGAGCUUCCGCUCUCGCGCCAGGUGCUGUCGUCGCUCUCCGAGAGGUCAAUGGGAGGCGGGUAGGUUGAGGUAAUAAACAUUGACACAGCACGGCGGUGUCCCUUGCCGUUGGCCUUGUCUUCAGCAGCAACCUCACAUCGCAUCGCAGCGAGUUCUGCAGCAGGUGAAAAGGCCGUAACACGCGAGUGUCCGUCUGCAGCAAGGCGGUCCUUGAAACCCUGAAGGUUCGGCGGACUGAACUCUGCGGGAGGUGCAGGUAUCUGAAGGGGAAUAGGAGAUGAACCAGUGUGAGAUGGUAGCGUGCUCGGCGAAGGGGCGAACCGAACUACGUUACUAGACUCAGCAAUAGGAGGAUACUUCUCAGGAGACUGAACAGGAGUGACCUCGUCCAGUUUAGUGUUUGGAACCGCCAGCGUUGGAACUGGCAGCGGUCUGGGCCGUACAUUCUCUGGCUUCAGCAGAUCCUCGGGGUGACAAUUCUCGAGGAACUCUCGUUCCUCCCGGGACAGACCUGCAGUUGAUACCACGCGGCGAUGAUUGACUGGGGCAGCGGCCGCGGAGGCGACGCGAGAGUCAAAGCGACGAUGAGGACGCUUGACAGGGCGAAGAGGUGACGGAUACAUGCGAGCAUCAUCCACACUACCAGGCAUGCGAGAAGAACCAGAGCCGGGAACGCGAGAGGGGCCAGAGUUGGGAAAGCGAGAACCAGAGUCGGGCAGACGAGUGCCAAUGGCUUGGGGAACAGCGACAGCUUCGGGGGUAGGCUUGGUUCUCUUUCGUUCGACCCGAAGGAUGCAGCCCUCAACUUCUUUGCCAUUCUUGGGACAGGUGUUAGCAAACAUUCGGUACACACUCAGAGCCCGACGGAAGACAAAGGAAGAACUUACGAAUUCUUCCAUGGCUCUGUCAGGGAUAUCAAACUCGUCGUACUCGACGAAUGCCCAAGGGUGAGGGACUGGGACAGUGAGUUGAGACCAAGUUCAUGGACGGGAGUUACUUACGACCACCGUCCUGGUCAGGGGAAAUUCGUAGAUCAACAGAACGAAUAUUCCCGCAGAUGCCAGCCAAUCGGUAGACCAUAGCCUCGUCAGCAUAAUGAGGCAGUCCGCCGAAGAAGACUGAGCGACAGUCCUUUUCGUACAUCUCCAUGAAGGUUUGAUCGUCAGCUGGGCGGUCAGAACGCUUCUGAACCAUCUUGCGAUCAAAAGCCAUGAUAAUGAAUGGCGUGUUAGGACCGACGUCCUUAAACUAUAUUAGCUCUACGAUUAAUGAAGUUGUCCAAGAUUGAACUUACCCGAAUGACAUCGCGUUUGGGGUCAAAUCUGGAGUACAGUACAAGAAGACUAGGAGGAACGGCGAGCUUGGUCUGAGCAUCAUAGUUGAGAACCUCGACCUUCUUAACUGGUCCAUGGCGGGAAAAAAUAGAACGAGCCUCGUCGGCGUGAACGGGGCGAGUGUCUUUGCGGAAGAUAAUGUAGGAGACUAUUAGAAGUUAGCAUCUGGACAUAAAAGUUUGCCGGGAGGACGCACGGUUUCCGCCGCACUUCUCAACUCGGAUAGGACGGCCAUGGAUCAUAUCUCCACGGGCCUGGUGCACCGCAACAUCGGCGUGCUUGAUUUGCUGAUAAUAAAUUAGUUCGCCAUGCGCCAUGGAGGACUGAUGGGCUAUCAUGGUCAACUCACAGUGUAUUGAACAAAGGCCAUAGGCAUGUGUCUGGUGCGGUCACGCUUCACCUUGACGAAGACUGUGCCGAACUUGCCAAAGUGUUUGGUAAGAGAAACCCUCAAGGUGAGAUCAUCGACGUGUUGAGGGAGGCUGGACUCAAGGCAUCUCCAGGGUAAACAGCCUGGGCGUCGAACUCUCGAGGGAUGUUGGCAAAGGCAUCUAUAUUGGAUGGCAGAGCGGCAACAGUUUGGACGACUUGGUUCAUAGACAUGAAGUCGCCGGUGAGCACUUGCUCGGGCUGGAUCUCCUGGCUUGCCAUAAUCGGAGCGGUGGGCCCUGCGGCCACUGGGUAGUCGAAGUUGCCUUCUCCAGCUUGAUGAGUGUUAUUGUAGGGGUAAGAGCUGUAUCCAGGCUUGGCGACAUUGUCCUUUUGGACGAGAGAUGGCAUGCUGUGGACUUCUGUCAGCAAAGUUCACCUUGAACUCGUUCUCAAACCAGUAAAUACCUUUUGGAGUUAGAGAGCGGUCGGCUAGGAGAGGCUGAACUUUGUUAGUACACCUGCUUGUUCCGGAAAUGGCAAAAAGAAUCAAAAGUGAAGCUUGUUCGGGGGAAGCCCCUGAGCUGCUUGCUCGCCAGAAGACACAAAAAGGGGCUAUCCCCGGAAGUUACCACGAGAGUAGCUAUUGACAUUCCAAGAAGGCGCGCGGAUCUUUUCUCGUCGAAACAACGAGAAGGAGAUGAAAGAAUUUCAAAGACGUAGGGCGUGAGAAACCAGUGUCUUCAACAGAGACCCAGCCACAGCAAACAAGACCUCGUGCUGAAAGAGAACAAGCAAAAGAAACAGGAGAAGGAGAAGGGAGAGAUCUAGACUGUUCUUUCCAAGACAAUAAAAAAGAGAUGAGAAUAUCCCCAAAACGACAGAGCUACGAAUUUUAGAAACGAGUGUCUUCGCCAGAAGUCAAACCACAGAGACAUCCACCGACUUCGCAUCGAAGGACAAACAAGAAAGAGAGGGAGAAGGAAGAAGAGAAACGCCGG